CCCACCCGAUUGACACUUCUACUCAUAGGUUAAAACCGUUAAUUACUGACCCUGUUCUAAGCCCAACACAGGAGGCCUCGCCCAUGGUAUUAUCAUUCAUCAUUUCCCUGCUUUUGUCGAGCUGAGCUGGAUGCGAAAAGUGCCAGGCUGGCACCCGUUACUCCAGGAUGAUUUCGGGUUUUUCUUCUUUCCCAACAGAGGCCCAUGAUUAAAAAAAAACUGAACGGUCCAGAUCUCUCCAAUUUCCCUCUCUUCAUAAUUUAAGUACCUGUAAAUUGUUUCCUGCAAUUUUUGGGCACCCCUAUUUCAGUCACUUCAAUCCUCUGCCUCCCGUUGCCGAACGCGACGAGAAAGUACCCAAAAAAACACCGCAAAAAGAUAAAAAGGAUAGAAAGAAAGCGAACAACGUAGAGGAGGAGAAGCACAAGGAAAAGCGCCACAGCUCCCGCCCACUGUGGUUGUGGUGGCUUUGUUUUCCGGACGAGCCCAAUUUGAGGGAAAACAAACCCGGCAAAGGGAUAGAUAAACUCCUCCCAGAAGGAAAAUCUCGCUGCAUACGCGGGGAGUGCGUGCCUGUAGAUCCGACCUGCAUUUUGCUUCUAAGGUUAGCUCCCCUAUCCGCUCCGUGCUUCCGUUUCGGUUCUGGGUCUUGCUUAUUUUUUGGUUUCUGGAUCUGGGUAGCUUCUUGUUUCUUAGAUUCUUCCCCGAAAUUUCUUGUCAAGCUGAACGAAUCCGUUGUGGGUUUUUGUGUUUGUUGUUGGGCUUGAGAGAAAAUCGCUCGCCGUGGUAAUUGAGGGCUGGAAAGCCGAUUCUUAGUGCUGCAUUGUCCGAUUUGUUUGUCUGUUUGAUGGGAAUAGCUGCGUACAGUUUAAACAAGAUCUUGAUUCUUAUCCCCUUCUCGAAUUAAUAUUAGUUAGUUUGGCUCUGAUGGCUAUCAAAAUUCCGCGUCAUGGAAAAUUCAGCUUGUGUGGAUGUAGAUGUAGAGUUGAAUUCUACCCGCUCCUUUCCUCCUCCCGUGGGUCCCGCUUAAAGUAGAUGCUCCUUGAUUGUUCUCUCGUUCUUACCGUCAUGGGAAAUAUCUGAGUCAUCUUAGAACGACGUGAACUCGACGGUUGUUGGUUAGCAUCAUCAAUAGAUCUUAUGUGCCAAAUGUCAAAGCAUGAAACGAUUUGCAUGGAACCCAUUUGGCAAGUUAUUUAAUUGCUGCAACGUUUCAAGAUUGAUCUGUUAGAUUGACAUGGAUAUUUCUUCUCGUUGGUGUAGUAGUACCUCUUUCUCCAGCUAAAGCUAAUUAGGCGCUCAAGAUGGUGGCCCAGGGGUUUGUAGUUGAUCUCAAUAAACCACUUGUCUUCCAGGUUGGUCAUCUGGGUGAGGCAUAUGAUGAAUGGGUUCACCAGCCAAUUGUUAGCAGAGAGGGUCCUAGGUUCUUUGCUAAUGAUGUUAUGGAGGCCUUAACUCGUACAGUUUGGUGGGCGAUUCCAGCCAUCUGGAUUCCAGUUGUAUGCUAUUUCGCUGCAAUGUCUGCACGAAUGGGCCUCGCUAUUCCCGAGGUUGUUUCGUUGUUGUGUUUGGGUGUUUUCCUAUGGACACUAGUAGAGUACACCUUGCAUCGCUUCCUUUUCCAUAUUAAGACAACUUCUUACUGGGGAAAUACUGCACACUAUCUCCUUCACGGUUGCCAUCAUAAGCAUCCCAUGGACGGUCUGCGCCUUGUCUUUCCUCCCGCAGCAACAGCUAUUCUAUUAGUACCAUUCUGGAACUUUGUUAAGCUUCUGUCCACGCCCACGACUGCGCCUGCUCUUUUCGCUGGUGGUUUGUUGGGGUAUGUUAUGUACGACUGCACACAUUACUACUUGCACCACGGGCAGCCAUCGAAUGAAGUUCCUAAACAUCUCAAGAAAUAUCACAUGAAUCACCACUUCAGAAUCCAAGACAAGGGGUUUGGAAUCACUUCUUCCCUGUGGGACAGGGUGUUUGGAACACUUCCUCCAUCGAAAGAAGCCAAAAAGAGUAGAUGAUAAGUUUGGAUAUGGGAACCAGUGCAGUCCAGAGUAGAGAGACGGGAACACACCAGCUGGUGGGGGAUAUGAAGAAGGAGAAGGAAAGGGGAAGUAGUGGUGGGUGCUUUCUCUGGAUGUUUUCGAUGCUGUGUUUUUUUUCCGCUGUCCCUAGACCAUAUAUAAAAUAUUAAUAUUCAUUCUUGUAUCUGUUCGAUUGAUUGGUUUGGUUGGUAGCUUGGCAGAUUAAAGGGAAAAAAUCUGGGUUUGGGAACAACUUUGUAGCCUUCUGGUUUUUUGUACCUAUGCUAUGUGGGUUUUGCUUGAGCAUCUCUGAGUUCAAAUCUCUGACGAGAAUAGAAGAAAAAUAUAUCAAACAGAAAAAAGAGAGUUGUUAUUGAUUGUUGUCAUGUUGACUUCUAUCUCUCCCUCUCUCUGGAAAGCAAAGUAAUCAUCUCCAAUCAGGCUACAGUUCUAACGCUCUUCAAUUGCCCUACGACCCGUGCUGUUGCUUUUACAGAACCAUUUGAAGAAGAUUGUUUGCUAGUGUUCGUGAAUGAAUGAAAUGAACCCAAACAGAGAAGGAAAAGGAAGGGGUAUAAAAUGAUAAGAAAGAU